AUGACAAAUCCAAAUUCGACACCAACAUUUCCGUUUGUGCCCCCAUAUACUACGAAUGAACAAAAUUAUUAUCAACAACAACAACGACAAUAUGCAACGCCAUCAAGUUAUCCGUAUGGUGAUCCAACAGCUGCUAAAAUGUUUACAUAUCCGGUUUAUGCACAGGCUUAUGCCAUAGCUGCACAUAAUUCAAAAGAAAUGACAAAACCACCAUUUUCGUACAUUGCACUAAUUACAGCUGCUAUUCAACAUAGUCCCGACGGCAAAGUAACAUUAAAUGGAAUUUAUCAAUUUAUUAUGGUAAUAGUAGUCGAUUAUUCUAUGGCGAGAGAUGAUAAACGACCAGGUAAAGGUAGUUACUGGACAUUGGAUCCAGAAAGUUAUAAUAUGUUUGAUAAUGGAUCAUAUCUACGUCGUCGUCGACGAUUUAAACGAAAUGAACCACAAUUGAAACACCAAAAAGAAUUAAAAGAUGGACAAGCACAUCAUCAACAUCAUCUUAAUCAAGUUGCACCACAAGUCCAUCAACAGCAACAAAACUACGGUAGAAAUCAAAAACAUCAGCAGAUAAGUCCAACCAACAACGGUAAUGGUACUGAAUGUCGUACAAAAGCCAGUCGAUGCCGAAAUGAAACAACAUCAUCAAAUUCAGGAGGAAAAGACACAGAUGAAACCAGUUGUUCUGAACAAUCAAAAAAGCAUCGUCACGCUUCUUAUCCAAUAACAAAAGCUGAACCAGUCGAAGCAAGUGAAUCAGGUGAUCCAACACCAUACGUCUCUAACAAUUCUUCACAAAACGGUUUAUCCGGCAAAACAGCUGGAUUUAGUUCAAAACCAGCGAACUGUGUCCAAACAAGUCUAGUACCAAAUCCAUUAAAUUUAUUUAUGAUCGAUAAUGUCAUGGCUACUAAUCGUGAUGCCAUGCUACAUAAUUCACAUGUUAGUGAUAUGCAUUCGGCAUAUCAGAGUAAUGGCACAACUCUAAAUGAUACAAAUAAUUCAACACCAUCAUCACCGUCAACAUUUCGUUGCAAUUCUUCUCCUGGUGCGGCGGCCGUUGCAACCGCAGCUCAAAUGUCCAUAUUUUCAAAAUCAAAUAAUAACAUGCAUUACUUUACACCAUCGGGUGAAGAUUAUACAUUGGCACCAACUACGUCAACAUCCUCGUCAUUACCGACUCCUUGUUCAUAUUGGCCUACUUACGCAUCACCUACAUAUUUAAAUGCUUCAUCUAGAAGUUAUCCUCAUCAUCGCUCAACCCCAAAUGGCAAUUCUAUUCAUCCGUCAACAGCCACUGUCGAUUCAUCGUUUCUUGGGCAAGAUACGUAUGGAAAUAAUACAUUUUUUGAUUCGAAUAAAUUACUUGUACCACCACAAUUUCAUACACAAAAUUUUAAAACACCCUACACAUCUUAUGACUUUUUUACUCAACAUAAUGGAAAAUAUUAG